AUGAAACGAGGAAGACUUGCGGCUGCGGCGACGUCAGUUUCAUUUUAUCCAUAGAGCACAAAUGCUCAAUUAUUUAAUUUUUUUGAAAACGUUCAAAAAUCCAUAUUUCGGAGCACGGCGCUCCCAAACGGAGUGGGAAGUCAUCAAAAAAAAUUUGGCGCGAAAAUUAAAAUCUCAAGAACGCAGCCAAAGAUGAUCGAACAAACAAGUUAUAAACGUUGAAUACUCAGUAAUGACGUCAUUUUAUCAGGAGCGCGCACUUACUUUUUUUUUUGUAAAUUCAGAAACCUUGACGUCUCGCUCACCUUCCCUCUCCCCAUCAAGAAUGCCGUGCGGAGAAAAAAAAAUUUUAAAACCAAAAAUAAAGGCGAAAAGUAAAUUUUUUUUCAGCAAAGUUGUUCUACAGAAAAUGCGGAGUUUUCUUUUUCGUUUUUCUUAUUUUCGCCAUUUUUUAAUUUCUAAUUUUUCUGAAAGCUCCCGGAAUCGGAUAUAACUGUAAAGUUUCUUUAUUAUCAAAAAAAUGUGACGAUUUUUCCGAAUUUUUAAUCUUUUCAACCUGCACAAGGUAUCAAAAAAAGCAGGUAUUUAUUGAAGUAUUGAAGGUAUCAUGGCUGGAACGUUCUGGCGAUGGGCCAACAUCUUGACGAUUUGGCUGAGAGGUUUUUAAAAAAAAUACGAAAAACAAUAUUUUUUUCCAGUUUUUUUCAUCGCCGCCUUCCAAAAAUGGCAAUUUGAGUACGAUGAAGGCGCAGUACUCGACGAGGUUUUCUAAAUAUUGAGAAGAAAAUCUUGGAAAAAUGUUUUUUUCCAGAGACGAAAAACUUCGUGUCAUCCGACCACUCGUUUUUGUCAGGGAAAAAGCGCUUCGCCAAUUUUCGGCGGAUAAAAGUUGAAUUUUUUGAAAUUUAGGAAUUAUUUAAAGAUUUUUCAGAGCUACCAGUUGUGGCUGAGAACUGUCCGGCUUGUUUCAAUCAGGCCACGGAAAGGCACAGGAUCAAGCAGGUAUUUAGAAGAAAAAAUCGAGAAAGGUUUUAGGGAAAAGUUGCCAUGCUUUGAAGACCUCUGAUUUUUUUUUUUUGAAUUUUUUCAAUUUUACCUUUUUUUUUUCAGUGAAAAUCAAUCAAAUUAGAUCGAAUAAUAACAACUUCUUUGGCUCUAAUUUUUCGUUUUAACUUUUAAAAAUAAAUGGCAUAUUUCUCACGUGAGAAGUGUGUGAGGUGAACAUCGCAUAUAUGGUUAAAUACUUCGUGGAAUUCAGUCCCUGGUAUAAGUGUUCGAAAAAAAAAGAAUUAUCUGCUAAGCUCCAUAGGGCAAUGAGAAAUAGCUUGUCGAAAAUGUAAUUGUUGAAGAUAAGAAAGGUUUUCCUUUUUUUGUGUAAUUUGUGAUUUUCUCAUGUGAUUCUUGUACUAGAACUUUAUAUUAUUGAAUUUUUUCAAGUGGUUGAGUUUGAAUUUUACUUGAAAAGCCUUGAAAUUUCUUUUCCGUUCAUUCUCUCCUUUUUUUAACGGUUUUAUUGUAGAGUUUGUACUUUCAAACCUUGCCUUUUCUUUGACAAAACCAUAAGAAAUUUUUUUUUUCUUAAGGAAAUGAGUUUGUUUUGGAAUCGAUAAGCUUCAAAAGGCUCCACGAAGAUAUUGGAAAAGAUUUUACCUACGAAUUUUCCUUAUUAUAUUUUUAAAUUUGUCAUUUUUAAAAAAAAAAGCCAAUUUUUAACCACUGAAACCUUAUUCUCGCCAUCAAGAAGAAUUUCUUUCACGUGUUUCCUAUGAUAUAGUAAAUACCAGUAGACGUUUCAAAAAUCGAAAAACCGAGGAAAUUUUGAGCCAUUACCGUUCAUUUUCGACAGUCUAUUUCUCAGUACCUUAUGGCGAUUAGCAGAUAUUUCUCCUUAUAUUUCAGCACUCGUACAUAAGACUGAAUACCACAGAAGUUUGGACCAGAUCCGUGAUGUUCACCUUCCCUUGUCAAAUGAAUUAUUUUUGAAUAGUCUUCUUUUUUUGAUAAUUAAUUUUUCAAGUUGAUUUUUCAAUUAAUUCUCGACAAAGUUAUUAUUUUUUUCCUGUUUUGCAACUGAAAAAAAUCUCGGUUUUUCAAUUUUUUUUUUUUUUUCUUCACAAACCGCCAAGUAUCUGAUUUUUAUCUAAAUUUCAGUGAAAUUCUUUUUUGAAAACAGUAAUCUGCAUUUUUAAGGCCUAUUCAGAAUUCUCGGCUUUUUUCAGUUUUUCAAUCAGUUUUGACAACAUACCUGCGAACUUUUUCAUUAUUAUAACUGUCUGAGAAAGUUAAUCGAAGAUUGCCCAUUUUUUCUAAAAUCACCAAAGGGUUCACUUUUUCAUUCACCAAACAAGGUAGGUCAUUUCACUUUUUGGUUGGGAAUUUUCUGAAAAUCGGUUAGUACACUCCUUGCUGUACCAAAAGUAGAUUUUGAAGGUCUCAAUUAAAAAAAAACUUUUUUUUUCGAGAAACGACAUCUAAAAGUCAAAAAAACUCUUCAAAAACUGGUGAAAUUGGAUAUUUUGGAGGUUUGAACCCUUACUUCUCUGAAACUAAAAGUUUUUAGAGGUCUUGAUUUCCAAGAAUUUCUACUAGUACACCAAGGAGCCUCCUGACCAAUUUUUUUAAAAAAAGUUCUAAACGGAAGUAAAAUGAGCUCCCUUGUAGGUCCAUGUUUCAUCUUUCAUUCAUCGAUUUGUAAUUGACAGAUUUCCCUUGAAUGAAAUAGUUUUUUAAUAUUAUUUUUAAAGAAAUCUUGAUUUUUAAUUUUCACCUGCAGUUGAACUCCAAUUUUUCAGCUUCUGGCUCAGCAGGAACUCAUUUUCCCAGACUUGUUCAACUCCCUUCGAGGAGCCCUUCGACCUCUGCUAUUGGUGAAUUUUCUUUGGAAAAUUUAGUGGCCACUUAAGAGGUCCCUAAGGUGGCCACUGAAACUAGAAGCCACUGUUUUUCCUUUUAGUGAUCGCUGUAGUGGCUAUCUGUUCGGCUAUUAUAGUGCCCACUAAAACGUCAAAACUCUAUAGUGGCCACUAGAAAUUUCGCCAGUCAUUUUUCCAAAACUAAGCUUUGAUAUUUCCAGGUCGACUCCGCCCAUACAAGCGAAAUGCGAACCCAAGCCGUUCAGAAUAUUGUUCGAGAUAGUUGGCUUUGUUGA